CCCUCUCCCCUAGAUCCUUCGACGCCGCCCUCCCUCAGCUCAUUCCCUGCCGCCGCUCAUCUGCUGGCCUUGUCUCACUGCCGCCCAACCAUUUUCCUCCCUCAAGCUAGCACGCAGCCUCAACUCCUCUCCCACCUCACGCACGUCUCUCCCAGCCGUUCCUUCAUUUCUCUGGCUCGUCCUUCUCCAUGAGGUCGCGCCCUGCUGCGCCGUCGUGCUGGUCGCCGGCUGAGCCCCCUUCAGUGCCUGACGCCGCAUCUCCCUGGUGCUCACCUCUGUUUCCCCCUGCGUUGGACGACCUCGCACUCCCUCCCUGCUCCAGAUUUCUCCAUGGUCGCCCCUUUCCUUGCCCCGGGUGGCGAGCUCGCCCCUCAUUCCUGCUCGCCUAAUCUCCACUUCCCUGUUGCAGCCACCUCCCAUGGACGCCAGCCCUCAGCCAUGGAUGCCGAACCCCCUCUCUUUAGUGCCUUUCUUUACAGCCCCUGCGUCGCCGUGCGUGUAAGGUGUUUGUAUAAAUGCUCAAGAGGAGUGACGUGUCAUGGCCAACCCUUUUGGCGUCGUCGGAUGUUUGAUGUUUUGUGCAUCCCGUCUACGACGCCGUCGACCAUCGGUGAGGAUUCGUUCUUGCUUUGUCAUUUCAUCGAUCGACGUCUAUUUGCUAAUAUGAAUUGUGUUUAUGUGCCUAUGUGUGUUGAGGAGCGAAAUCCGUGAAAUCUAGGUGAAGAAGAGACGGAGCACGUCGUCGUCAUGGUUGCAGCUUUGCUUUUGUCGUCGUGGAGCCUCCACCAGCGCCGUGUAGCAGUCAAUAUGUGAUAGAUGACUAGAAGAAAAUUAUAAAAGGAUGUUGAAUAAGAUUGUGCUUAUUUUCUCGUGACGAAGGUUUUUUCUAUGCUUAGGGACUGCUCUUAUGUGUUAUUGGUGCUAUUCCGCUUGUACGGCCAACGAAAUAGGUCCUACUACACAAGGGAAAUAGAGGAUACCAUACUCUUAGCUUUACAGAAGCCUGAAGUGUAUGAUGACAUUGCUCGCGCUACAUGCUGCAAAUUUGGGAUAGAUAGACCUCAAGUUGUACCUGUGCAAGGACUACCUCAGGUCAAAGUAGGAUGGGAGAAUGUUGAAUGCUUCUUCAGAUACUAUUUCUUGGUCUGUCAAAUCUGCUUAACCCAAAUGCAAGUUUGUUCAAAUGUGGCAAAAAAUAAUUGUCUCACCAAUUGUCAGCAUGUUUGCUUCCAGCAAAGUUGUCCAGAGAAGAAAAGAUGAAAUGGAACUCAAAUUUUAGUGGUCGCACAAGUGUGGAGCCAGUUGAUGACCAAGUUUUUCAAUUAGUAUUUUAGUUUGAAUUUAGAGUACACAUAUGUAUGAGUUAUUUGACAAUGCUUGUUUAUGAGAGAUUGAAUGAUACCUAUCUAUAUUAUAUUAAUUAUAAUGUUAUUAAAUAAAUGUGUAUAUGUA